AAAGAAAAAAAAACAUUUUUUAUAGGAAAAAAAAUUUCAAAAAAAUCACAAAAGAGUCAUGCAAAGUCUGAAAAAUGAUAACUCAACUCAACAAUAUGAAAUUCCAGCAACAAGACGAUCAGAUGGUUCAUGGCGUAAGGCACGUCGAGUACGUCCUGGCUUCGUUCCACAAGAGGAAGUUCCACUGUACACGCCAAAAGGCAAGCGAGUAGCACAAGCAAAUCCAUUUCCACCCGGUUGGCAUCCGGACACAUCAAAAAGUACAACAGCGGCAGCUAAGCCACAACAACAACGCAAUAGUACAGCACCAGUCAAAAAAGAACCAGCAACAGUCACAAUAAAGCCACAACCAGCAGUUCGUGUCAUGACAAAAGUUGAGGAGGCGCCUAAAGUUGAUGACGAUCUAAGCGAAACAAUGGAAAAUUCACUAAAAAUCCGCGACGAUGUCGUUGAGCUAUCGAAACGACUUAAAAGAUUGCGAAGACGUCUUAGAGAACUGGAACUGCUGGACGAGAAAAUAAAGAGUGGAGAGAUUGUUAAGCCACAAAAGGAUCAAUUAGAGAAAAUAACGAGACGAUUUGAGAUUGAGAAGGAAAUUGAGGAAUUGGAGAAGAAUCGAGAGGACUUGAAGGCUCAAGGCUUUAAGCAUGCGGAUGAGGACUCGUGAAAGUUGAGGAACGGGAAGUGAUUCAAUUACUUUUUGUGAUGAAGAUUAAUUUUUUUAUAUAUUUUUUUUGUGUCAUGUGAAAAUUGCUUUAAUUUUUGGUAUUUUUUGGGGUGGGGAGUCAUAAGGAGGACAUCUUG